AUGUUCUCUCGUACGUCUGGUCUUCUUGGAGUUGCUGUUGUGUUGGGAAGUGCUUCUGCAAAUCUCGUCACCUUCGAAGCACGAGACGUCACUCCUAUCAGCGCCUUAGUAGCCCGUCAAUCUACAGGCUUCGAUCCUUCCAUCAUCCCGAGUCAAUGCCAGUCGGACUGUUCUGCGAUUGUGAACGACAUUUCGACGUGUCAAACCUCGACUGAUACACUAUGCGGUUGCACGACCAAGGUUUCGGGAGAUAUGAGGACUUGUUUCGGGUGUUUGAUAAACCUCGCUCCUACUGCUCAGUCGUCGAUACAAUCGUCUUAUGAUGAAUACGUCUCGAACUGCAACAGCGUCGGAGCCAACUUACCUAGCGGAACCGUUGGUAGCGGUUCAUCCAGCGGUGGUGGUGGUGGCGGUGGAUCCAGUGCUAGUUCUGGUGGUUCGAGAGCCUCCGGCACUGGUACUGCCACUGGCGGUGCUAGCAAACCCACCAACACUGGGAGCAGCAGCGGUGGUGGAAGUAAUAGCGGUGGCGGAAGUAACAGUGGAAAUACUGGGAAUUCCGGAAGCUCCAAUUCGAAUUCUGCCCCAGGUCUUAACGGAAAUGGGAAUGGGAAUGGAAGCAACGGUGCCGUGGCGACACAUGGAAAUGUUGCGUUGGUUUCUGUUCUGUCGUUCUUUGCCACUCUUUUCCUUUGA